ACCACCCCACCUAGGGUUUCUCCCUUUUAACCUCGCGCCGCCACCCCCUUCAUCUCUCGACGCCCAUCUCCUCCUCCAGCCGUCGCCGCCGCCGCCGAAGGAGAAGAGGAUCCGGCCGUCUAUUCGCCCCAAUGGCGUCCGAGAAGAAGCAGUCAAACCCGAUGCGGGAGAUCAAGGUGCAGAAGCUCGUCCUCAACAUCUCCGUCGGGGAGAGCGGCGACCGCCUCACCCGCGCCGCCAAGGUGCUCGAGCAGCUCAGUGGCCAGACCCCUGUCUUCUCCAAGGCGAGGUACACGGUGCGGUCGUUCGGCAUCCGGCGUAACGAGAAGAUCGCCUGCUACGUCACUGUCAGGGGCGAGAAGGCUAUGCAGCUGCUUGAGAGCGGCCUCAAGGUUAAGGAGUACGAGCUGCUCAGGAGGAACUUCAGCGACACCGGGUGCUUCGGAUUCGGCAUCCAGGAGCACAUCGACCUUGGUAUCAAGUAUGAUCCAUCAACAGGCAUCUAUGGAAUGGACUUCUAUGUCGUGCUCGAGCGUGCUGGCUACCGUGUUGCGCGCCGCAGGAGGUGCAAGGCCCGUGUUGGGAUCCAGCACAGGGUGACCAAGGAGGACUCGAUGAAGUGGUUCCAGGUCAAGUACGAAGGUGUCAUCCUCAACAAGGCUCAGGCCAACACGGUGUAAACUUUAGUUUGUCUAAGCUCCGUGCAGACGCAAGAUCACCUUGCAAGGUUUUUGUUCACAUUGUAUUCUCUGGCCUGAUGUUUUAGUCUACUAUAGCAGAGCUAUAAAACGCCGUAUGAAUUAUUUCAGUGCCCGUAUCAUACUCUGUUCUGUUGCUUGAAAACAUGCUAGUCUGAUCUCCCAGCGCAGCUUGUGAUCUGGCUCUUCUUUGGUUACAUUGCUUUAUUUAUCUGCCA